AUGACCCGCGCCACCACCGCUCUGCGCGUCUUCGCAGACGAGAUUGGCUUCCUGACCCUCCUCCACUCUCCACGCGACACCAAACUCCUCUUGCUGCAGCGGCUGGUCCGCUUUUUGGCCUUUGGCUCUGCAACUCUCGUCCUCGUUCUGUUCCUGCGCGCUCUCGACAUUCCCGAGGCCCGCAUUGGGCUGUUCAUGACCCUCACCCUGCUCGGCGACGUCGUCAUCAGUCUGGUACUCACCGUCUUCGCCGACGGAAUUGGGCGGCGGGUAACGCUCGCCUUUGGCGCGUUAUGCAUGGUGGUGUCUGGCAUCGCAUUCGCGUUGAGCAGCAAUUUCUGGGUGUUGUUGGUCGCGGCAGUAUUUGGGGUCAUCAGCCCGAGUGGGAAUGAGAUUGGACCGUUCAGGGCGAUAGAAGAGAGUGUGAUUGCGGGCUUGACUGCGAGAGAGGAGCGAACGGGCUUGCUGGUUUGGUAUACCAUUUUUGGGUACACGGGCGCUAGCCUUGGCGUGUUGGUGUGUGGAUGGGCGGUGGCCGGGGUGCAGAGUCAUGGCUGGGAGGUUUUGGAGAGCUAUCGCCUCGUCUUCUGGGUGUACGCGAUUCUAGGGGCGGCGAAGUUCUCCAUGUGCUUGUUCUUGACGGAGCGGUGCGAAAGCAACAAGGAGAAGGCCGAGGUAACCUCGAUACCCGCCAGCGGCGACGAAACCCAACCCCUACUGGCCAGUGCAGAUGACGAGAGUACGCUACACUCGGAGAACAAUGCCGCAAAACCAGCACCUCCCUCGAAAGAAUCACCACUCCAGAAACUGCGUCCCAAAAUCUCCGACGAAUCCAUCUGGAUUCUCUGGAAGCUCUGCCUGCUCUUCUGCAUGGACUCGAUGGCUAGCAGCCUCGUCAGCUCCAGCUGGAUGACCUAUUUCUUCGCCCUCAAAUUCCACCUGAGCCAAGGCACGCUGGGGACCCUGUUCUUCGUGUGCAACGUGCUCUCCACCAUGUCCAACUUCGCCGCCACACCCUUGGCUCGCCGCAUCGGCCUCAUCAAGACCAUGGUCUUCACGCACAUCCCCGCCUCCAUCGCCCUCGCCCUGACGCCGCUGCCCAGCAACGCCUUGGCCGCCAUGGCUCUGCUUGCUUUGCGCUACAGCACCAACAGCAUGGAUCAAGCGCCCCGGCAGGCUUUCAUCUCUGCCGCCGUGCUGCCCGAAGAGCGCACCGCCGUCAUGGGCGUGCUGAACGUGGGCAAGACGCUGAGUCAGAGCGUCGGCCCGUCGAUCACGGGCACGCUGGCGGAGAAGAAGCUGUUUUGGGUCGCGUUCGUUGUUGCUGGCGGGUUGAAGGUGACGUAUGAUGUGUUUAUGCUGGUCAUGUUCUUGGGGCACCGUACCGUGGAGGAGAGGGCGGAGCAGAGUUUGGUGGGCCAGGCGGAAGCUCCGCUUGAGACAGAGGCUGAGGCUGAGGGUGAGACGACCGGGCGCGCGGAGUCAGGAAGGGAUCAGAAUGCUUGA